AUGUCUUCAGCCAUUCGCAAUACAGCAGACGCAUCAUGUUCUGGCCCACAUCCAGCUCAUCCGAUUGGUAGCCCAAGGGACCUCAUAAUCGCAAGUCAGCUUGAGGAGCUCGCAUACCGCAGGACGGCACAAUCCAUCACCUCUCAACGCCGUAAAAUUCUCUAUGACGCCGCGCGCGAGGGUCUACGAAGUGAGAAGGCUAUCAAGAAUCUUUAUAACGAUCUGAUAGCUGUGCGCGGGAAACUUUGCGAAUACGAGAGCUCCAACGCCCAAUUGGUUCAGGAACUUCAGCACGCUGGGACCGAGAACAAUCGCUUGGUCACCCACGUCAAGGACUUGCAGGAUGAGCUAUCCACGAUGAUGAAAAUCACUGCAGAGAAAGAGGCGGAGAUCGAGAGACUCGCCAGGCGGGCCUCCGUAAAAGAUGCCAACAAGAGAAGGGUUGCAGAGUUGACGGGCGAGAAAGAAGCCAUAAAAAACGAUCUGGAAAAACUGCAGCAAGCGUACCAAGAACAGAAAGCUGAACUAGAAAGGAUCAAUGCCGAGCGAGCUUCUAUCAAUGACUGGUCCAUGGUCUUCCAGCCUCAGCAAGAGCCAUUAGACUUUGUGAGGAUUCUAUUUCCUUUAUCAUUGACCGACCAGAUGGCUGACAGUGGAUUAGUCUUUUCUUGGAACGUCUACCUGAUUGAAAGCAAAGGGAUAUACGACUGCGCAUUGUUGUAA